AUGAAUCGGUAUAGUCAUGUUCUUGUCGAGCACACGGUGCCCUCACAGCAUCAGGCAGAUAUCUACUUGCAUUGGUACCGAGGUACAUAUGGUGACCACUUGCAUCUGUCAGAGAUCGAACCGCAAGAGAAUCAGCACGGUGAUCCUAUGCAUAAUCAGGAGAAGCAACAAGUACAACCACCACCACCACCAUCGCCACCGCAACCACCACUGCCUCCCUCACAAACACAGGCACAACAAGAGCCUGAGCAGUUCACUCCAUACAAUCCUGACACGCAUUUUGCGGAUUACUUGACACCACCAGUACAUCAGCAGUCCUGGAGUGUCCCGCACCAAGAAUCAGGUGAACAGGGUUCGUUUAGCCAGCUGCUUGGAUUCAUGGCUCCUGUGCCAGGUUACUCAUAUCCAGCUUACGGAGACAUUCCCACCAAUCAGAGGGCCCAACCAAGUGGGAUUGCUCCAGGUAGAUUGUCAUUGGAUACGAGACCUCGACAGCUCACUUCCUCUGGUACUUUCGGAGGUAGACUUUCUGUUGACUCAAGUAUGAGUGAUGAUGCCACGAGAGGGAUCAUACAGAGCGAAAAUUCACGUCGUGUUCCGAUGGGUCUAAUUCUGGAGAGCUACCAGCCAGUUGAUGAGGACAAUGAUGACUUUCUGGUUGACCAUCCAGAUGGGGAUGAGGAUGCAGAUGAGGAUGAGGAUGAGGACGACGACGAGGAUGAGGUGGCUGGUGAGGAUGAUGAUAAUGGGGGUGAUGGUCCGAAUGAUGGUUCACUGCCUACUGCAGGUACAACCACUAGCAAAAAAGGAAAAGGAUACAACCUUAGAGCUGACCCCCCCUCGUCAGAGCGCUAG